GUCUUUCCUCUAUUUUUUUUUUCCAGAGGAACAAAAAGAAGAUGAAUACACACCCUCACUUCAAAAGCAUUGUAGAAACUGUCAACUCUGCUGAGGAAAUAGAUGAUUUAAUUGGAGAAGCACUUACCUAUCAAGACAUGCUUGAUAAGAGAACAUCACCUUGGGAAAUGCACUGCUGGAGUCAGGAAGAAUUGCAGAACUUCAGAAUAAAACUUUCUAAUGUGGACCGUCUCUACCACAUCCACUUCUUUGAUGAUCAUUUAGAAGAACGCAAGUUUGUGCUUGUAGCUCGUAUUUUGUACAAGGAGAGACAUGUCUUUGUACAGCUUAUUGCAGGUUGUGACUUCACCGGUUUUCAUUGCAGAGGAGGAGGUGAGAUAUACAUUAGCCUGGAUGCACAAGUUUUUCUCAAAUCUGUGUUGGACCAAAAAUAUGACAUUCAGAAGAUAUGGAGAGCAAUGGUUGAUGAUGGAUAUAAUGUUGAACAACCAUCUGAGUAUGACCUGAAACCCAUGAGACUGUGGCAUAGCACACCAAUGCUAAAGUUUUUAUGUCACAUGGCAGUGUAUAACAACAAAGAAUAUCUAAAGCACUACAAUCAAGUGUUACCCAAAUCUCUGGUGGACUGUGUUGAUGAAUUCAUUAAACUCAGAGUAACUCGUGAUCAUCACGAUGAAGUUGGUCUAUGUUUAGACAAGCUAAUUGAAUAAUUCUAGUAUGCAUUAAUAGUUUUUUUUCUACUAUACUAUAUUACAAAAUAUAUGGCUGUUACAGUAUUUAUGUUACUUGAUGUACUUAUGUCCCUCUUGCUGACUCACCUCUUUCAUUCUCCUCACUUUAUGUUCCCUCUUUCUUCUGUUUAUAUCUUUUUCUGCUCCUUGGAGUGUAUGCCCAGGGAAAUGUGCAUCUCACUGAGAAUAAUUUUUUUGUCUACACUGUACUAACUUCUCCAUUCUCUUGAUUUAGGUGGAUGGGGACAAAGGGAGAGCAGAGCAUUUGUAAAAUCUGAGAGAUGGUUGUUACCCAGAGUGCAAACACAUUAUUUAACAUACCUGAGCUGGACUGAAAGGUAUAGGAUGAUGGCAAAUUGUAAAUGUAGUUGUGAUAAGUGAUAGAAGUUUCAAAGAAUUUUCAUAUAGAGAUUAGCCUUGAGUUCUUCAAAAAGAACCAGCCUACAAAUUGGAAAAUGUGAUACUCUACAAACAUAUGAAUUAGCUGGAAAAAUAUGUUAGUGGGCAGAUUUGCUUGUUUGUAGAGUCCUUUGAAAAAUCAUCCUUUGAGGGAUGAUUUUUGACGUCUUUCUCAGGAUUGUGUAUCUGGAGUGCAUCUACUUUGGUCUUGGUCUGGCUCAGUUAAAGUACAAGGGUGAUUUCUGUUUCCUCUGGCCCAGAGAAGAUGUUUCUCUUGGAUUUUAUGGAGGCUUUAAAUUCCCUUUUCCUCCUUAUAAACUUUGAAUAUAUAAUUCAUAGUAUAAUCCUUGUUGUGUAUGGUUGUCUCUAUGUCUGUAUGAUUUCAUCAGGACUUUCAGAGUAAAUCUAUAACUCUA